AUGGAAGAAACGAUCGACGAAAGAACUUUUGGGCAUCUUCGGAAAAGCCAGUUUGUUGGAAAUGAUAACGGAAGCAAGUGGUCAGAUGUUCAGUACAAAGGCAGACCGAUAAGACGAAUAACUUUGUGGUGCGGCGCCUUUUUGGAUGCAGUGAAAGUCGACUACGACAUCAAACUAGGAAUCGGCUCGCAAAAGCACGGAACCGGCCGAGACCACCAAAGACAAAACGUUCACAUUCAUCAAGGCGAUCAUGUGCAGCAGGUAACGGGAAAGACAUGCGACUUCUACGGGCAAGUGAUUUUGACAGAGGUUCGCAUUCACACCGAGCAGGGACGCGUCUACGGCCCUUUCGGCAACUACGACGAGCCAGAACGUGAGCUGACUCCCUUCGCAGUCGGCGGCCCCCACUGCCGCUUGCAAUAUCUCGACGGCAAGUGCGAGCGCAACGACAAAGAAGAGUGGAUCACCCAGCUCGGCUUCAACUGGGAAUUCUUGCUCGAAGACGAAAGCUACUACACUGGCAUGUCUACCUUUUCCUCGCGAGCGCCUUCCAGUUUUCAGAUGGAUUUGCUCGGAGACAACACGACGAAGAAGGGACUUUAUCAGUGCAUCAGCACCACUUCCGUCGGAAAUCUGAGCCACUCGGAAGAAAGCAGCCUCAAUCAAAGUGAUCCGAAAAUGCUGGCGGAAAUGCUGCUAAAACAGAUCCGCUGCGAGGGCCAGCAAAUCCGCCAAGACAUAGAGCGACACAAACAGAACUACCUCUCCAUAAGCAACAACCCUCAAAGCAGCCCCCUCAAAGCAGAUCUCAACAGCAAAGCUCCAAUCUGCAAGCUUUGCCUCCAAGUCGACGGCGCCAAAGUCGCUCUCAUAUGCCAAGGCUGCCAAUUUUCAAUUUUCACAAUUUUCAUCAAUUUUAAAAUGUAA